GGAUAACCCGCGGCAUCUGUGUUUCAUCCCAUCCAUCCGGGGAUCGAUCGUAUGCUCAUUAUCCCACAUAUACAUCCUUGUUUUGUGGGUGUUGUCAUCAUCGUCAUCAUUCAUCUAUCCGGCCGGGUUUGUACUACUGUACCUGAAUCGCAGUUCAAUGCCACUUUCACGCUCCAGAGGGGGAAAAAGGAAGUUUACAGAUACUAUAUGCCGAGCGAGAAAAUAGGUCGCGCUAUGCUAGAUUGGCAUAUACAACAAAGAAACACCCCUGAAACCAAAGUUCACUUCCGUAUCCCGGCGAUAAUGCGUCUGUUCAUGCUAGCAGCCUCCUGUUACCAUGGCAGUAUAAUAAUCGCAUACACUGCUGUUUAUCGCAAUCAGUUUUGAUGGUUCUAUCAACAACUAUACAUUUCUCCGAUGGUACCUCUACUAGGCAGUGAGGAAGGCGUCAUUUUUUUUUGAAAAAGGAAAAGCCUUCUGACAUGUUUGUUGUCUGGAUCAAGUGUCAUCUAUUAUUAGGUUAUACAAAAUAUUCAUUGUGUCUUAUGCUGAAAGAAUGAUGAUUUUAACGCACGUCAGCUAUACAUACAUCGCUUCGGUUUGCGUGAUCAAUAAAGAGUUCGUAUAUUAACAGUUGCU